AUGUACCUCAAAUGUUCUGGCCAUUUGCAGCAGAGGCAGCCUUUUGGCCUACUUAGGACAUUUGGAUGCCUUGCCUGGGUACAUCUGCCCAAGGCAAAAAGGAAAAAGUUAGAUGAUACUGCCAUCCCUGCAAUCUUCAUUGGAUAUGAUGAAGAGCACAAGGGAUGGAAAUUCAUCUCAAAUCAGCACAAUCCUCCCAUCUUUUGGUCAAACACUGCAAGGUUCUUGGAGAAUAAGUCUUGGCAAGAUUGUAUGGAGACACAACCACUUCAAGAAAUAGAUACAAUACAACAUGACAACUCAGAAGAUGUGGAAGAUCUGAGGUAUACCAAUGAGGAUAUCCAUGAUGAACAACUACAACGACAGAUCAAUCACAUCUACCGACCAGACAAGGAUGGGACCCAGGGAAUACCACAACCAACAAAAUCUGAUGAAAUCCAAGAAGGUCUGGUGGAUGAUAGGAUCAAAUCAGCACAAAAAGUUUACCCAUGA